AUGAAUGAAACAGAUGAACUCGGCGAUCUAGCCGAGAUUACCGCCUCAGCCUCGGAAGGCUCCGUACUCAGCACCCAGCUAACACUUCAAACGUUAUUUGUAUGCCUUGGUCUUCCCAUGAACAUAUCCACAUUUUUUUAUAUGAUGAAAAGAUACAAACAUGCUCGCAGCUUUCUCCUCCUCCUUCAUAUCAAUUUGAAUUUAACAGAUAUAUUGGUUCUCGGGCCGUCGUUAAUUGGUAAAAUAAUUUGGGAGGCGAGUGGUUACCAAUGGUGGGCCGGGGAUCUGGCUUGUCGAUUGAUGCGGUUCAUCGAUGUUUUUGCUUUUAUGGCUAGCUCGAAUAUUAUGGUUUGCAUAGCGUUGUAUCGGCUGUAUGCUUUAAGAUAUCCAUUAUGGGUAUCGGCUGUGGGACACUCUCGUGUACCUCGUAUGCUUCUCCUCGCCUGGGGCAUCGCAGCUCUAGCUUCACUGCCCCAAGUUAUUGUCUGGCAAGAGCUGCGCCACUCGAACGACAAAAUUGGCUGCUACAACUUCUGGCUGGCCAAAGGGAUAAUAGCCGGAAAUAAUGGGAUAUUGGACGAGGAUGUGGGCAAGCUUGUUGCGUACUCUGUGGUGAGCUCGAUCGUGAUGUUCUACGUUCCAUGUAUUAUUUUGAUUGUGUGUUAUGUGUUGAUAUUGAGGGACAUUUAUUCAACACUAACCUACGAUGCGGAUGCUUCUUCCGUACUCUACAUUGCCGAAUUCACGCGCUUAUCCUCCUGCGGACGUAGCAGCAAGGAAAAGCAGCUUCAGCAGCAGAUGAAGGAAAAUGGAGGGUUAGUGAAAGCUCCCCAAUGCUCCUUGCGCGGUCAGGAUCGAUUCCAGCGGGCAAAGAUCCGCUCCCUUCGAAUCACCUUAUUCCUGAUCCUUUGCUAUGUAAUCACCUGGCUCCCCUAUAACAUGCUAAAUUGGGUGCUCGUCUACGAUUUCAACUAUUAUAUGACCAUCGAGGGCAAUCUAUACUUUUUGAAUUGCCUUGUUUAUUUGAACUCGGUGAUCAAUCCAUUCAUUUAUGGCAGAUGCCAAGGCCUAAAAAUGCUAUGCCGGUGGGGCAAAACAAAGAAGAGAAAGCCGAAGGAUCAUUUUUGUUGGAUGCUGAGGAAU